CUUUGAAUCAUCGAAAAUGAAUGGAAAACAGCAAGUCACAAAGAAACCAUCAACUGAAGAAGAUCUGAGCUUCACGAAAUUCAAGGUUGUACCAGAUGUUGGUCUAAAAAGUUCACAAUUCGAAUUUGUGCUUGGUAUGCCAAUCAAUCAAUGUAUUGCAAUGAUUCAGCAACAUCCAAGAAUGCUUACAAAAGUCGAAUUGAAGUACAGUAAAAAGGAUCCAUUCUACCAGGAUAUCAUCAUCUAUAUCGGUUCUACAGGAAUUCGUCUCUAUUUUGAUGGCCUUUCACAGCUUAUCAAGCUAAUUGAAGUGGAUAAUCUUUCAAUGAUUACACUUACUUAUAACGAUACAAUCUUCUCUGAUCCAAAUAACAUGGCGACGUUGGAUCGGGUCAACGAAUUUUUUGGAUCGACACAUCCAGGAUCAUAUGAUGAUAAGCACAAUAUCUAUGUGCAAAGUUGGCCGGGAUUAUCUUUCUGUUUCCCAUAUGGAGGAGAAAAUUCGAAUUUGGAAGUCAGGCCUGGAUUUGGUGGAAAUCUUCGUUCGCUGAAAUAUGAUGCCAACUCUCAACCAAAACUUACCAAGAUGUCCAUUUAUCGUGGACCAAAUCCAUCUGAGCCAGAAUCCGUGGAUACUCCAUUCUCGUGUUAUUGUGGUCAAAAUCGGACGAGAAAAGUCGAAGCAAUUUGGGAAAAUGGGAAUAUUGUUGGAAUUGAUAUUCAAUUUGAUACUCAAAACGGAAGAAUUGUCGAUGGAGAGUAUGAUGUAUCCACGUACACACGACAAAUCUAUUUUGGAGACUCUGUUUCGGAUGUGCAAUCGAUUCUUGGAGCCCCGACAAAGGUCUUCUACAAGUCCGAUGACAAGAUGAAAAUUCAUCGUGGACUUCACAAGGAGACACUCUAUGGACCACCAAAUUUCUUCUUCAACUACUUUGUAAUGGGAUUGGAUAUUCUGUUUGAUUUUGUCUCGAAGCGUGUUGUCAAAUUCGUUCUUCAUACCAAUGCACCAGGACACUGUGACUUUGGAAUGUACUCACGAUGCAACUUUUCAAUCUUCUUGAAUGACAAGCAAUACGAGAUUCGUACGGAUUCAAAGUUCGAUGAAUUCUCGCACGCCUUCAUGAAUGACUCAAAUCCGCCUCGUCCAGUGGUUCUUGCUCGCCAAGAGCAACAACCAUUUGGAUCCACAUUCUGCUACGGAAUCAAACAAAUUAUUGUCGAAAGAACCGAGAAUGGAUUCCUCACUUCAGUCACCAUUUAUGAUGGAGCCAAGGAAAAAUAAUUAUGUACUGUAUACUUUUGUAUCAUAUUCUGCAAAAUGUUGUAAAGUUCCCGCAUUUAAAUCUCUUCCUAUCAUUUUUAAAUUUCCCCUCAAUUAAUUUCAAUUUUCGCUAGAAACCCAUCCCUCACUUCUUGUAACGUGGCAACUGGAUUGCGUCUUUCUCUCAUUAAAUGUCAAAUAAUGUAUUAUGUAAAAAUGAACAAUGCGUAUGGGCCAAA